AUGCGUAAUAUUACCUUCACACUGGAUGCAUACAGAAGAAUCCAUGACUUGAAAUAUGUUUUUGUUGUUGUGCUGUUUUUACUUUACCCAGUGAUUGUCAUUGCUAAUGGACUGAUCAUCUGUGUUGUCUUUCUUGAAAGAAAACUACAUAAGCCAAUGUACCUGUUUAUCUGUAAUAUGGCUUGUAUCAAUUUAUAUGGUGGCUCAGCACUUGCACCUUUUAUCAUAGCUAGAUUCUUGACAGAAGAUUAUCAGAUAACAUGGCUUUCAUGUCUUGUGCAUGUCUUUUUUAUAUAUACCUAUGGUGGUUGUGACAUAACAAACCUUACAGUUAUGGCUUAUGAUCGAUAUGUUUCUAUAUGUUAUCCUUUAAACUAUGAAAAAAUAGUCACGCCUACAAAAGUAAUUAUAUCUGUUGCAGUCACUUGGAUUUUGCCCAUUGUCAGAUUUUCAAUAACACUUUUUCUUACAGCAAGCAUUGACUUCUGUGGAACAAUAAUUGAGAAGGUUUACUGUGAUAAUUAUUCAAUAGUGAAGCUGGCAUGCUCUGACAUCUCAAGUUACAACAUUUAUGUGGGCGAGUAA